AUGGCACGCAACCAACGCAUUGCCUACAUCUCCGACGUAGGCGCAUUCGGGCUGAAACCACUCUUUAUUACCGGUGCCGUCAUCACCACAGUCUUCCUCGAUCUGGCAUUCGUGUCCGAGCGGUGGCUCCGGCACUUCGGCCGCCUGGCACCCAACACCUCACGCGUCCAAUCGGCCCUGUCGGCGAUUAGUAUAUUCUUCGCUAUUGCGGGUACCUGCGGUCUCAUUCUCCUCUCCAUCUUCGACACGUACCAUCACUCGCGCGUUCACAACGGCUGCCUCUUCAUCUUCCUUGCUGGUUACAUCAUCUCGGCCAUCUUCCUGUGCGCAGAGUAUCAACGUCUCGGCAUACACUACCGCCAGCAUCGUGUGUUGCGGUUGUCCUUCUGGAUUAAAUUAGCUUUCAUCUUCGUCGAGGUUGCAUUGGCUAUCGUCUUCGCCGUCACAUCUUGGAGAGAUCAAGAAGACGUUGCCGCUAUCUUCGAAUGGAUCGUCGCUCUGAUAUUCACGUUUUAUGUGCUUUCAUUCUUGCUGGAUCUAUGGCCCUCGGUGCGCUCAAGGCAUCAUGUCCCUCAAGGCUGGCAGGAGAGGGAAGCCCAGCUGGAGAAGGAGGCACAAAGAAAUGGGGGGCUGCCACCUCUUGAUCAGGGACCUGCACCCAUCACAUCCGAGCCCAACCAAGGAACAUAUCAAAACCAGGAGGGUGAGCUGUACUACGAUCGUGUUACGGGACAGUAUCGGGGUACCAACAUGACUGCUGGUCAAGGCGCACAUCAUCAAGCGGCAAAUUCGACACAUCGGCCCGACCACAGCGACCUCGGCCGUCAGAAGAAGUCGGGCAUCGGAAGAACGAGGUUCUAA